AUGGAUUCGAUCUUCAAGAAACGACUACUGUGGGAAGCAGUUUUUUCGGUUUGGAUCUUACUACUCACAUGCGCCAAAUGUAAUGUUCUGGAUGAAGGAAAUACGAGACUAGAGCGUAGAGCCGGACUUGAUUUCUUAGGUGGUCUAUCUGGGGAUGGUGGAGGUUCUGGCGCAGCUGGUGCACCUGAUCCAACUGCAGGUUUGAAGGACCCGUGCGGUCAGAUUCCAUUAACAGUCGAUAGCUGGAAUAAGUUAGAGGUCGAUAAAUAUAUUGCGAAUUAUCCAGGUAUUGACAAUCUAACACUAGCACAAUUUGCAGCCAAGCUAGAGGCACCUAAUUUCUUUUGUGGUAUUGGUAUGCAAUGUUUAGCCGGUCAAAUAUGUUCACCUGCUGUUGGAAUCAAUUGGUUAAUCUUGUAUGCCAUUCAGGAGUGGAAUAAUUAUAUGAAUUCCUUGUAUUCUUCGAUCGAGAAUGCGAUCACUGUAAUGAGAGAGGCUGCAGCUGGAAUAGUAGCUGAUUUUAUGCCGGAUCAGCAUGUCGAUAAGAGCAUCUUCGGUUGGGGAAUGGCUACAAUCGUUCUGGGAGUGGUUGGAGUCUUCUCCGCCAUCGCUGUACCAGUAUUCAUGCCUACCGAACUUACCCUCUAUGCGAUCGAGGGCUACAAGACAGCAGCUACAACAGCAGAAACAGCCGAAUCUGUCAAAGCAGCAUUAGCGGCAGCAGAAGCAGCAAAGAAUGCGGGAGAUGAAGCCACAGUGGUAGCUUUAAGAACUGCGCAAGACAUUAAAGUCAUCCGAACUGGAUUUUUGGGUCUAAGAAUCGCACAAAAACCACCUAAGCCAAUCUUUCAAUUCAAUCCUCAGGUCAAUGCAGCAUUCCAAAGAACAGCAAGUUCAUCUAGUCAUGUCGCACCAACAGCUCGGAUGCGAAGAAGGUCAUUCGAAGCAACAUCAUUGGAGCCAAGAUCAUUGGCGAAACGCGACCUUCCACCUAGUGUGUUUUCUUACCUUCCCUUAAGUCGAUAUGACGUAAUGGGUAACCUGAUACGCUGGUACUUAUUGAUGUCCACCGCCUCUUCGACCGCCGAAUCUACUCUCCUAACCCAGUCACGAUGGGCCUUCCUGGACACUCACUUGACUUCGCUUCAAAAUCGACUUCAAGGAAUUGUUGCACUUACAUCCAAGAUAGGGGCCACAGCGCCUAUUGGCGCUGGUAAUGGCCUUGCGUCAGUUCUUCAAGGUGGUACCUUUCUCACUCCAAACCCAGUUCGUACAGACCUUCAGAAGGCAGCCCGCGAUCUUGCUCAAAUAACAGCGAUAUCUCAGUUCUUCAAGUCAAUUGACCCUUGCACCGACAAGGGACCAGAUGGUGCAUGGCCGGGAGAUGAUAGACUUUCUUAUUGUACACCUCAAGGAGUAAUGAUGAACAUCAUACAAGCUAAUGGAAACGCCGUCGACAAUGGAGUAAAGAAUGCGAAGUUAUUAUCAACAAAGUAUGGUUACUCGGUUCAAAAACUUGUUCAAAGUGCAGUACGAUGUCAAACAAAGUAUGGAAUCGGAAAUGAGAUGUUAGCACCUCCUCCAUCAAGUCCCGAUUCUGAAUGUGCAUUUGCACUACCCGUAUGUGUCUGUACUUUGGCAGACGUUCAACAUCUACGUCAUCAUGGUCAUAGUACGGUGGUCGCCUGUCGAAAUGGCGCUCAUCUUCCAAUUUGA